UAAUUUGGUAUUAUUGCAUUCGUUAGUAUUUUCUGUUAUUAUUUAUUUGGCGAAUUUAUCUUAGGACAUCCAAGAACAUCCAAAUCCUCCCAAAAGAUGCAAGUAUUCCCUGACGUGUUUGUGAGUGGACGUGAGUGAGUGGAUGACUGAGUGAAUGUGUGUGUGGACGUGUGAGUGGGUGUGUGAGUGGGGUCCACGGGCCCCGUGGGCUCCGGGUCCUGAACGAUGGGGGCUCAUUAGGCCCGAGCUGACUUAACCUUCCCGGGCCGAGCGGGUAAUGAGGGGCCGCUCGGUCACCGCAUCCUUAGGAAAACACGGUUUAUUAAGACCAGUCCGCCGCGCGCCUCUUAUGAAUAAUUCCUUUCAUUAAUUCGCCGACAUCGCGGUGAUUAAUUCAGGAGUCUCCCAAGAAUGUCCUCCACGGCCGCCUGUUGAUUGCACUGUCGGACUUUGUAUUUAUUAGCUGUUUCAACGAGACACCCAGCAAUUAGUCAAACGCUCUGCAGAUCGGCUUACACUGCAGUGCGCUCGACUUAAUUCGGGUUUCCAAAACGCGCCUUGGUAGAAUAAUGUCGGGUGUAUGGGUAAGGUGGGAAGACGCGUCUGAUGCUCGGAAGUAAUGGGACAGUAAUUCUCCAAUUAGUGCUGAUUGAUAGGCAUGUGACAGGAGUGAUGGACUCGGAGUCCUGGCCGAGAGACUGAGCUCUCCUUCAGACCAGAAGGCGACGAGAAAAAAGAAGAGCUCUCGCGAUAAGACGAGGCUCUCUGCAGGGGAGUGGACUACAGGAAGAAUCGGUGAGGGGUGUGGACUACUGGAGGAGAAGGACCCGUCCCGGACUACUGGAGGAGAAGGUCCCGGACUACUGGAGGACUCAGUAAGGGGAGUGGACUACUGGAGGAGAAGGUCACGGACUACUGGAGGACUCAGUAAGGGGAGUGGACUACUGGAGGAGAAGGACCCGUCCCGGACUACUGGAGGACUCAGUGAGGGGAGUUGACUACUGAAGGACUCAGUGAGGGGAGUGGACUAUAACAAGGACCCGGACUACAGGAGGAGAUGGACCCGGACAACUGGAGGACUCAGUGAGGGGAGUGGACUACUGAAGGACUCAGUGAGGGGAGUGGACUACUGAAGGACUCAGUGAGGGGAGUGGAGAUUUGGAGGUGAAGGACUCUCUGUAGGGGAGUGGACUGCGGCGGGUUGAUUAAUCACCGUCUCGUUGCGGUCUCGUGUGUUCAAUACCCGCGAGGCUCUAGAGAUCUGGACACUCAGGUGAGGUCCGCGGGCAGAAGGGGCGCCGCGCGCUCACCUUUCCUCGCGCUCUUUAUAAGGAUGAGGCGGAGGUCCUCUUCGGCAUUUAGCAGACCACCCUGUCCUCCGCCGGGGCGUCUGGAUGGUUUCGCUCCGGGAAGGGGUCUUGAAGGGUAGAGUCUUGGAGCUCAUCAGACCGGCUCGAGUUAAGUCUGCGUUGAUUUCUUACAAGUUGGAGAUGUUGGGAUUCUACGGAUCUUCGUGAACUCGGAUCUUUUUGGGCUUUUCAACGAGAAAUGGAGAUCGGUGGAUUGUGUUGAAUUGGCUUGAACUUUAUUAUGCGUUUUCCAACAAAGACAGAAAACACUCCACAAACUAUAUUUUAAUCAUAUAAUUAACAGAACGUACAAAGUGUCUUUAAUUAACGACAUAUAGGCUGACAUCAGAUCCUGCUGCACCCGGAACAUCAAGAACAACUAAACAAACUCUGACCUCCUCCACCCUGGGUCCAGCUCCACUAAACUAACCCCCUCCACCGCGAGUCCAGCUCCACUAGACUACCCCGGUUCUCCUGAACCUCCUAUAGGUCGAUCAUCUCUCUCGAUGGUCCAGCGACCAAGCGGCCAGGAUGGAGAGUAGCAGAGACCCCGCGGUGUCGCUGAUGGACGACAGCCCUCCGUCCAGCCCGGGCUCCAGCCCCAGCCCGGACGGCCGGCGCCGGGACCCCCAGAGCCGGUCCUCUCGGGCGGGACAGAGCGUGCCCAGCCCCGGCGGGUUCCCGGGGAGGGGGCGGCCCGCGGCGGCCAACGCGGCCCGGGAGAGGAGCCGGGUUCAGACGCUGAGGCACGCCUUUCUGGAGCUGCAGAGGACGCUGCCCUCGGUGCCCCCGGACACCAAGCUGUCCAAGCUGGACGUUUUGAUCCUGGCCACCACCUACAUCGCCCACCUGACCCGCACCCUGCAGGAGGAGGGCGAGGGGGAGAGCGGCAAGCAGGUCGAGGCGCUGCACUCGCUGAAGGGGGAUGGAUACCUGCACCCGGUGAAGAAGUGGCCCAUGCGCUCCAGGCUGUACGUGGGCGCGAGCGGACAGUUCCUCCACAGCUCCAAGCGCUCCGAGGCGGAGAACCAGGGCCCCUCGUCCUCCACGUCCUAGAACCAGGACCCCUCGGAGAACCAGGGGCCACUCACAGAACCAGGGCCCCCCGUCCUCCAGUCCUAGCGGGGUUACUGUUAUCACCUCCCAGCGCGCGAGGAACACGGACAAAUACUGCAUGGCAUUUCAAUUUCAGACUCCAAGUCAUGUUUAUAGCAAGACGUUGUAAAUUAAUAUAUAAUGUAUGUAGGCCAAUGGUUUAUUUUUUAUAUAAUGAUAAUAA